GAACAUCAUCAUGGGGUCUACUGAUGCGGACAUCGAAGAACUGGAAAACGCCACUUACAAGUAUCUCAUUGGAGAACAGACGGAGAAGAUGUGGCAACGCCUGAAAGGAAUACUAAGAUGUCUAGUGAAGCAGCUGGAGAAAGGUGAUGUCAAUGUGGUCGACCUAAAGAAGAACAUUGAAUAUGCAGCAUCAGUGCUGGAAGCAGUUUACAUUGACGAGACAAGAAAACUUCUGGACACUGAAGAUGAGCUCAGUGACAUACAGACUGACUCAGUUCCAUCAGAAGUCCGGGAUUGGUUGGCUUCUACCUUCACACGGAAAAUGGGGCUGAUGAAAAAGAAAACGGAGGAAAAACCAAAGUUUCGAAGCAUUGUCCAUGCUGUUCAGGCUGGGAUUUUUGUGGAAAGGAUGUACAGGAAGAAUUAUCACAUGGUUGGUUUGACAUACCCUGCAGCUGUCAUAAUACCACUCAAGGAGGUUGAUAAAUGGUCUUUUGACGUAUUUGCCUUAAAUGAAGCAAGCGGGGAGCAUAGUCUCAAGUUUAUGAUUUAUGAACUGUUUACCAGAUAUGAUCUUAUCAACCGAUUCAAGAUUCCUGUUUCUUGCCUAAUUGCCUUUGCAGAAGCUUUAGAAGUUGGGUACACCAAGCACAAAAAUCCAUAUCAUAAUUUGGUUCAUGCAGCUGAUGUCACUCAAACUGUGCAUUACAUAAUGCUUCAUACAGGUAUCAUGCACUGGCUCACUGAACUGGAAAUUUUAGCAAUGGUUUUUGCAGCUGCCAUUCAUGACUUUGAGCAUACAGGAACAACAAACAACUUCCAUAUUCAAACAAGGUCAGACGUUGCCAUUCUGUACAAUGACCGCUCGGUGCUUGAGAACCACCACGUGAGUGCAGCCUAUCGACUUAUGCAAGAGGAAGAAAUGAAUAUCUUUGUAAAUUUAUCUAAAGAUGACUGGAGGGAUCUUCGGAACUUAGUGAUUGAAAUGGUGUUAUCUACCGACAUGUCAGGCCAUUUCCAGCAAAUUAAAAACAUAAGAAACAGUUUGCAGCAGCCUGAAGGGAUUGACAGAGCCAAAACCAUGUCCCUGAUACUCCAUGCAGCCGAUAUCAGUCACCCAGCCAAAACUUGGGAGCUGCACUACAGGUGGACCAUGGCCCUAAUGGAGGAGUUCUUCCGGCAGGGAGACAAAGAAGCCGAAUUAGGACUUCCAUUUUCUCCACUCUGUGAUCGGAAGUCCACGAUGGUUGCCCAGUCUCAAAUAGGUUUCAUUGAUUUCAUAGUGGAGCCAACAUUUUCUCUCCUGACAGACACAACAGAGAAAAUUGUUAUUCCUCUUAUAGAGGAAUCAGCAAAAUCAGAGUCUUCUAACUAUAGGCCAAGCAGCGCAUCUUGUCUCAUCACGUUCCAUGUUGCUGACUCCCUGAGGCGGUCAAAUGUGAAAUGCCCCAUGAGUGAUGGGAGCUAUACUCCAGACUACUCUCUGUCAGCUGUGGACCUGAAGAGUUUCAAAAACAACCUGGUGGACAUCAUUCAGCAGAACAAAGAGAGGUGGAAAGAGUUAGCUACCCAAGGUGAACUUGAUCUUCAUAAGAACUCAGAAGACUUAGGGAAUGCUGAAGAAAAGCAUGCUGACACACAUCCAUAG